AUGGAAGUCAGGCAUGACUGGCUCUCCUCGUCCCCCCAUGAGGGCUUCGAGCAGAUGAGGCUGAAGAGCAGACCCCGGGAGCCCUCCCCGAGCCUCACCCGCGUAGGUGCCAACUUCUACAGCACCGUCAAGCAGCAGGACUACAGUGCCAGCGUCUGGCUGAGGAGGAAGGACAAGCUGGAGCAUCCUCCGGUGUCUCUAGUAAGCAGUGCAACAGCUCCUUGCUCCUGGACCAGACGGGGGAAAUAUUGGAUCGGAAUGUCCCAGCAAAGAUGCAUUGUGAUCUUUGCACUGGUAUGCUGCUUUGCAAUUCUGGUUGCACUGAUAUUUUCGGCAGUGGAUAUUAUGGGAGAAGAUGAGGAUGGACUCUCAGAAAAGAACUGUCAAAAUAACUGUCGGGUUGCUCUUGUGGAAAAUAUUCCUGAAGGGAUCAACUAUUCAGACAGUGCACCAUCCCAUUUGUCUCUUUUCCAAGGCUGGAUGAAUUUGCUUAAUAUGGCUGAAAAGUCUGUUGACAUAGUCUCUUCCCAGUGGGACCUCAAUCACAGCCAUCCAUCAGCAUGCCAGGGCCAACGUCUUUUUGAAAAAUUGCUAGAACUGGCAUCCCGAAAUAUUGAGAUAAAGUUAGUGAGUGAUAUACUGCCCGUGGAAUCAAAGGUAUUAAACGACUUGAAAACAAAGGGUGCUGAAGUGCUGUAUAUGAAUAUGUCAGCAUAUAACGAAGGUCGGCUUCAGUCGUCUUUCUGGAUUGUCGAUAAACAGCAUGUGUACAUUGGAAGUGCCAGCCUAGACUGGAGAUCAUUGGGACAGAUGAAGGAACUUGGCAUCAUCGUGUACAACUGCAGUUGCCUGGUCCUGGAUUUACAAAGGAUAUUUGCCCUGUAUAGUUCAUUAAAAUACAAGAAUAAAAUACCUCCGAGUUGGUCUAAGAGACUGUAUGGAGUGUAUGAUACCCAAAACAAACUGACACUGCAGCUGAAUGAGACAAAAUCAGAAGCCUUUGUGUCGAAUUCACCUAAACUUUUCUGCCCAAAAGACAGAGUCCUGGAUAUUGAAGCUAUAUACAAUGUUAUUGAUGAUGCAAAACAGUUUGUAUACAUAGCUGUCAUGGACUACUUGCCUAUCGUCAUUGACACAAAUGCUAAAAGAUACUGGCCAUAUUUAGAUGGGAAGAUAAGAGAAGCUUUAGUUUUACGAAGUAUUAAAGUACGACUUCUCAUAAGUUUCUCAAGAGACACAGAUCCCCUUACAUUUAAUUUUGUUUCGUCUCUCAAAGCUAUUUGCACUGAAGUUCCCAGCUGUAGUUUGAAAGUUAAAUUCUUUGACCUUGAAGAAGAGAGUGCAUGCUUUCUUAAAGAACAGAAGAACACUUCCCUCCCCAAAUUAAAUCGUAACAAAUAUAUGGUGACUGAUGGAGCUGCAUACAUUGGUAAUUUUGAUUGGGUAGGAAAUGCUUUUACACAGAAUGCUGGAGCUGGCCUUGUUAUCAACCAAGCAGACGCGGGGAACAGCACAAGCAUCAUUAAGCAACUCAAAGCUGUUUUUGAGAGGGACUGGUAUUCACAUUAUGCCAAAAGUUUACAACCAACAAAAAUCCCAAACUGCUUUAAUCACAAACUUAAUAAAGCAACAUCAAAUAAGACUGCCAUGAGCAAUGUGAAUUAGAAAGACUAUUCUACUGCUUAGUAUGGCAAUGAAGAAUUACUGUGGGGUGUAGCCCUAUUUCAUACUUACAGAAAAAAAAAGACUUAAACAGCAAAAAAGGGGGUUGGUUAGGGGAUUUUUUGUUUUAAGAAAAAGCACACU